UCUUUCUAGCUUCGUGGCCGCUGUGAUUUUGAUCCAAACGGCAGCUUGAUCCACAGAUGGAAGCCCGGGCACUGUGGGGCAGCCUGGGCCUGCUCCGCCUGGCGUGGUGUCUCCUUCCGCAGACAGGCUACGUGCACCCAGAUGAGUUCUUCCAGAACCCCGAGGUCAUGGCAGAGGACGUCCUGGGCGUGGAGGCGGCCCGGCCCUGGGAGUUCCAGCCCAGCAACUCCUGCCGCACGGCCGUCGUCCCGCUGCUCACCUCGGGCUCGGCCUUCUGGCUGCUCAGGCUCUGGGAAGCGUGGGGGCCGGGGGCGGGCCCCGUGGGCGGCUACGCGCUGCUCGUGGCGCCCCGCCUCCUCCUGGCGGCCCUCUCCUUCGCGCUGGACGUGGCCGUGUACCUCCUGGCCCCGCGGUGGGGUGCGGAGCGCUGGCGCGCCCUGGUCCUGCUGGCGGGCUCCUACGUCACGCUGGUCUUCUACACGAGGCCCUUCUCCAACGCCGUCGAGGGGCUGCUGUUCGCGUGGCUGCUGGUGCUGGUGUCCCCCCGGGCGGGCUGCAGCCCCGGCGCCCGGCAGCCGGCCCGGACACCCUGGUGGCACCGCUGGCUUCUCGGGGGCAUCGUGGCCGCUGGCUUCUUCAACCGGCCCACCUUCCUGGCCUUUGCCCUGGCCCCUCUCUUCCUCUGGGCCGUCGGGGCAGCCCCCACCCCGGGCUUCAGGGCGCUGAGCCAGGAAGUUCUGGCGCUGCUCCCGGGGGCGGCCCUCACGGCGGGCCUGUUUGUGGCCGUGGACAGCUGGUAUUUCUCCGGCCCCUCCCGAGCCAGCGGCCUGGUCCUCACGCCCGCCAACUUCUUGCGCUACAACCUGGACCCCCGGAACCUGGCCCAGCACGGCACCCACGUGCGCCUCACGCACCUGGCGGCCAACGGCUUCCUGCUCUUCGGGGGGCUGCACGCCCAGGCCCUGCGGGCGGCCUGGCAGCAGCUGCAAGGCUGCAUCCAGGCCUUUGCCCAGACGGGCUUCCCGAAGGUGCUGGGGGGCUCGGGCCUGCGCGCCGGCCCCACGACGCCCCUCCUGCUCCUCUACUUCGCGCCCCUGGCCGUGCUGUCGGCCUUCAGCCACCAGGAGGCGCGCUUCCUCAUCCCCCUCCUGGUGCCCCUGGUCCUGCUGUGCAGCGCACACCCCGGGCCUGGCCCCUCCAAGGGCACCCUGGUCCUCUUCAACGUCCUCGGCGCCCUCUUCUUCGGCUGCCUGCACCAGGGCGGCCUCGUGGGGGCCCUGGAGUACCUGAGGCGGGUGGUGCACGCGCCCCGGCCCCCCGGGCCCCCCACCCGCUUCGCGCUCCUCUUCAGCCACACCUACAUGCCACCCCGCUACCUCCUGCGCCUCCCGCGCCCGGGCCCGCCCGUGGAGGUCGUGGACGUGGGUGGGGCUGAAGCCCACGCCCUGUGCCACGUCCUGGAGGACCUGGCCAGACAGCCGGACUGCGGGGGGGCUGGCGGGCCGGGGCUCUGUCGCCUCUUUGUGGUGACCCCCGGCACCACCAGGCCCGCUGUGGAGAAGUGCGGCUUCCCCCUCGCGAGUGAGACCCUCGUGUUUCCCCACCUGAGCCUGGAGGACCCCCCGGGCCUGACCUCCCUGCUGAGCCGCGCCUGGAGGGAGCAGCUGAGCCUUCACAUCCUGGAGCUGGGCGAGGAGCCUGGACACAGGCCCGCCACGUAG